CUUCGAGAAGCAUGACGAUAUGCCCAAUGAAUUGCGUGAGCAGCUGUAUGCCGGGGAGCAGCAGCAUCUAGAGCGCAAGCGCAAGCGUGGAGACUCGCUAGCAGGGCGGAUCCCGCCUAUUCAGAUCACUAACGUCUUGCCAGGCGGAUCUGGCAUGUCGACAACCACACCGCGAGUCCUAUUGAAAUACCUGGGCUCGGAGACGUAAAUGUUGGCACAUAUACUAGCUGGCACUAUUCCAAGGUGGAGAACGAAGUUCAGAAAGCAUAAUUUGGACGGUGCCGGACUUUGACACUAGAGGAAGGAUACGAUCUUGAGCAACUGCACGACGAGCAGAACUUCCAAUU